AUGUUAUCUGGUACAAUUGCUGGACAAGACACACCAGACACAACAGUGACUACACCAGUCCUACCCAUUCAACUACAACAAUGCUCAGGGGAAAGGCAGAUAUGUGGCGGUUAUAUCGGUUUUGAAUGCUGUACGGGACAGGGAUUAACGUGUAUUACGAACGCUAUUGGAGUGAAUGCCAGGAAUACCCUGGGAUUCUGUAUGACAAUGGGACCCCUGGGGCAAUGCGGCACUGAAAAUAGCAUAUGCGGUGAUGUGGUCCGUACUAAUUGCUGUAAUGGUCUCAAGUGUCGCAACUUUGACCAAGCUAACUUUGGAAAAUGCAUUAAUGAGACAACUACUUUGGGUGCCAAUAGGAGACCUACAUUGAAUGUCGCUCCGAAAACUACCUGGCCCACUAUAAACCAAGAGCGCUACCAGAGAUGCUUGAAAGCCGGCGUUAUAAUCACAGGCCACCUCAUUGUGCAUGAGCGCUACCAGAGAUGCCUGAAAGCCGGCGUUAUAAUCACAGGCCACCUCAUUGUGCACGUAAUCAUCCCGGGUAUCAUUGUACCCGUCUUUCACAUCGGGACCACCUACCAGUGCGCCGGUAAGGGUAUGCGGGUUAGGGCCGGGAUUAUUAAACGCAUAGCUGUCGCAAACCACCGGCGGCACGUGAGCACCGGCCGAUUUAUCGUCCCACCCGAAGCCGCCCGAGUGGUCCAACUGUUUGGUAAACUCUUUGAAGUGUUUGUCCACUUCGGCCUUAUAAUGGCUAUCAUUGGUAGCCCUGAGCAGCCACGUGGCCGCCCAGGCCAACUCAUCGCCAUAGCCUGA